AUGGCCGAACCAACAAAGGAAGACUAUGCACGGAAGAUUGACCGUCGAAUUCUGCCCUUGGUGGCUUUGACUUACCUCUUGUGUUAUCUGGACCGAACCAACAUCGGUGAGAACAACGAGUCUCCUCUGUAUCCUUGUAUAAAACUCACAUUCUGUAAGGGAAUACAAAAGUCCUCAAUAGCGACACAGAUGAUGAUCUCAUGUAUUCGAUUGAUAUGA